AUGGCCAGCCCUUCGACUCUCCCACCGUGUAUUUCUCCGCUUUCUAACAGCCAAGGCCUCCCAACAGAGUCUCACGAACCUACGGACAUUGAUCCUCAAUUCUCCGCAACGCUUGGCUUGAGCACCUCCACCCCCACUUCUCAACCUACCCAAGUCAUCUCUGAUGGUGCAAUGGAGUCCAUGCUGCCUUUCGAUGCGAUCAUGGCUUCUGAGCUCGAUCUGCUGAACGAGAUAGACUUGGCCAUCAAUCUCGCAUCUCAGGACCCUAAGCUGCUUGAAGAACUGGCUGAACUCUUUCGGUUCGAGGAAACCCAGUCGAUGAACCAGACUGUCACUCCCAUUGAGGUAAACGCCUCGGACGGUGGUGCCUUUCCUGUUCAACACACCGUGUCGAGCGGCUCAGUGCAUGCGCCUCGAAACGACCCAGAGCCCUGCACUACUGGGAGUGAAAGGGCACCAACCCUUGAUUUGGAUGUUUGGGAUAGUCUCUGGGCGCCCAGUUUCUCUUUCACGACAGAGGGCCCGUGCCCUAGUCUCCAAUUCCAUGAUGUAGGAAGCGCCAACCUGGCUGAGAUGGAUCCCAUUCCUCCGUUUGCGGUAAACGUCGUCAUGGGCAGCCAACACGACACCGCAGUCCAUGAGACUGACCAGGUAUCCAUCCACAUCAGCUCACAGCCCAAACAGUCGCCCGUUACAUCUAAUGAUAAUAGCGGAGUCGAUGCGACAAUAUCCAAAACUGGCGUCAGCGAUGUCAAUAUGAACGCAACCCAGGCGUCGUCACUGGAAGUGAAGCGGGAAGAUGAGGACUCCGCAGAUCCAGUUCUGCUGGCAUCUAAGUAUGACGCUUGGGAAUGCAAUUCAUAUGCCAUCACGGACAACCAUGCAACCACCCUCACUCGGGAGAAGUUGAAAAAGAGGAAGACCGAUCUCGACCUCGAAGCCAGCGACCCGCUCCCACAAAAGCGACCAUGCAUCAGAACAACCUCGGAGGCCAUGGCUCCUCCUGAAAAUGCAUCAGACGUGAGAAGGGAGGCAGAUGUCGACACGCAUAACAGCGAAUCUCAUGACGACACUCAUGUACUCAAUACAAAGAGGCCUCGCACCCAAAAGCGCCGAUACCGCAGCGCGUUGCGCAAUAGCGAGGAACCAAAGUUCGUCACACUCAGCGAUACUGUUGGGUCAGAUGGAUAUAUCAAGGACUCAUUUCCUCUACAUAUUCACAGUCUGGACAUGCACCCUGACCCGACCGACACUUUCAUGCUCCAGUACCGCUGGGAUCGUCGGCAGAAGCUUUGGGUGACCGAUGCAACGGGCACCGAGAGUCUACCUCAACAUAUCCUUCCUGCCCCCACGAUAACGGCAGACCAAGUGCUUAGCUUGGUGGCGGCCGUCCCCGCAUUGUUCGAUAUUUAUCUUCGGGUUGGCUAUAGCACGAAUUUCGUCAUGUCAUGGGACGACUCCGAGAGCUGUUUCAUCAUAGAUGAUCCUAUUGUGUGGUGUCUUUCAGUCGUUCGUGGGGAUGUGUGA